UAUACUUUUUUUCCAGUUUAUUGUUUAUAUAUGUCUACCAAAGGAUGAUGAUCAAACUUUAUCGAAAUUGUACGUUGGAAUUUUAAAAUUUGAUCAACGUUAAUCGAAUUACAUCAUGAACCAAACACUGAGGCAUCUGACUUUCGUUGGGCGAGCGUUCGCGAACAAUCAUUUACGUCGGAAUACAUUUGCUCAAAUCUGGCCGGCGUUUACGUCUUCGUCAGCACUUUAUUCACACGUGAACUCGGAAAAUCAUAACGCUCACAACAUACUGGUCAAAGAUCCUGGAUAUCGCGCUACGGUUGUCAAUCCAGAUGCGCUCGCUAUCAACUGGCCAACAGCAAUUACUGCUCAGCAGUUCCACACGCUCAUCAACCAAGAUUUUAGUGUUAGGACUAGUGAUGAGAUGUACAAAGACUUUACAGCGAUCAGCUUGUACAUUGUGGGCAAAGACUGCCUACUGACUGAUACAGUGUAUGAUGGUCUCAGGGAUCGCCUGAUUUGUGUCUUGCCACAGAUGACUGACGAGCAGCUGUUGUCCAUACUUGCUCUUAUACCAUUGUGGAACACCAAAGAUGCCAAGAAUCCUGUCUAUUAUCGUCUGUGGUCUGAGUUUGAUCGGCAGUGCAUUGAAAGGCAUAGGCGUUGGACUCUUAACAAGCUUUUGCUGUUCAUGGACCACUGGUACUUAAUGAGACUGUCUAGAUUGAGCAACUUUGUUUGGAUGGGUGUCAGGAAGCUAGCACGUAAGCCAUCAAGGUUGACUCCCAAGCAAUUAGUUCAGAUGAUGUUUUAUGCUAACACAAGUAGAAAGUUUUUGCCAACAUUACCUAUGUAUGAUAUUGAACAAGAAAUAUGUUCUUAUUACAAUGACUUUAGUAUUAGAGAAUUGGGUAUAGUAUCUUUAGGAUUCUUUAAGACACAAACACCUAUACGUAAUCAGGAGCUUGUAAAAAAUCUGUACAACUCUGUAAUUAAAGAUAUUUCAAACAUUAAUAGCAUAGAAUUGGCUGCAUUUUUAAAGAUAUUUAGGUAUUGCUCAAAGCACCAGAAUGCAGAUUAUAUGUACAAAUUAAUGGAUGCUCUAAUAAAUAAAGUUGAUGAAGUAAAUUUAGUAUGCUGUGUACAUAUGGCUCUAUUGGGUACUAAUUUGUUGAUUAAACAUGAAAACCUAUUGAAAAAAAUAUCGCAACGCAUAGUUGAUGAAAUAUCUCUAACAAGAAUUAAGGAUUUAGAAAGGAUAACUUUGGCUUUAACUAUGUUGAAUUGUAAUCCGCAAACAACGCCAUGUAUAUUUAAGAUGAUUGUUAAGGAACUUCAAAGCGAUACAAGAAAUGUUGAAUUUGAAGAACACACUAGAUGUUAUAUUUAUACUUUGUCAUACUUAGCUCUGAAAAAUAUUUACCCCUAUGAUUGUAUUUCAAAAGCUUUAAAGAUUGAAACACUAAAUAAAUGUUUUGGAAAAAGAUUAUCCAAAUUUAAUAUAACACGUGAUAUUGUAAGUUUAAACAAUAGUGUGCUAUUAGAAUGUCCCGACUAUUCUGGUUCAUUAUUACCAGUUACAUUAAAUGAAUCUUGCAAUGAACAUUUAGCAUGGCAUAUACCUACUUCAAAUACUUUGACUAAAUUAAGUACAAAUGACAAAAACUUUAUUAAAUUGUACAAGGAGCUUCUAAGUCUAUUCAAAAACGAGUCCUAUUUACAUGUGUGUUACCCUCUUCCUCAUCAUCCAAAAUCUGAUAUAAUAUUUUGCAUCAAUACUAAUGGUGAACCAGUGCCAAUUCCUGAAACAAUGAAAAAUAGAAUUGUAUUCAAUGAUUUUAAAAAACCACCAGAACUAGGAAAAUGGUUUGCUAUAAUGUCUCUUGUAAGAAAUUCAGUACUCUAUUAUAGCAAUGAAUACAAUGGUUUAACAUUAUGUAAAAUCAGACAACUUAAGAAACUUGGUUAUGAACCAAUAGUGUUUACUGUUAAAGAGUUGGGAACUGAUUAUGAUUUUCAAACAUUAAUAUCAAACAAAUUUAAGAGCCAUGGAAUAACUUUUGAUUGAAAAUACAUA